AUGGUGUAUAGGCGUCAGACCUUAGCUAACAUCUCUUCAAACACAGUAUUGAAGGAGUACCGCAGGGAGUUCAUACCCACUAAGGGUCAGGCUGGGGCACUCCAGAUUAAUUGGUCGACUCCCUUUUCGGUCAGAAUCAUGGAGUCUCCUCCUUUCCCAAAGGUUAAACUCCCGACGAUUGAGCCUUUUGAUGGUACAACGGAUCCAGACGAUCAUUUGUCAGCUUACAAACACCAGAUGUACGUUCAGAGUGUUGACAAUGCUACAUGGUCCAUUUAUGACAAACCGUCAAGAACAAAAGACAAGCAUGCAUUUAGGAAAGGUAGUGCAAGGGCCGAAAGUGCCUUAAGAAGUUAUGUGAAGAGGUUGAACCUGGAAGCAUUGCGGAUCCAGGAUCUGAAUGCUGGAGUGGCGUUUGACGCCUUCAUCCGAUGUUUAAGACCGGGUAGCUUUAAGUUUGAUUUGGUGAAGAAGAAAAUAACAACCUUAACAGAAGCUCUGAAAGAAGCCGAAGCAUUCAUCCAUGCCACAGAAGUUUGUGCAGAAGCCAAACAGCCGGAGGUAAAGAAAGCUGAAGAGGCAGUUCAGCCAAAAAAGAGUCUCCCCAAGAAAGCUGAAACUUGGGCGAUGACUUCAAUGACCACCUCGUCCAAGAGGAGCAGGAGGUCUGAGCCGGCAGCCUCAGUUGAGCCCAUAGAGUUCAACAAAGAUCAGUAUUUCAUUCUCAUGAAAAUUAAAGAUCAGCAUGAAUUCAAGGCGCUGGCAAAGAUGAAAACACCCUACAUAAAUAGGGACAAAAGUAAGUACUGUCAUUUCCACAAGGAUUAUGGUCAUGAGACGAAUGAGUGCAAGCAUCUCAAGAGAGCAUUGGAGGAUUUGGCCCGAAAGGGAAAAAUGAACUCUUAUCUACCUUCGUCAGGAAGCAAAUUCCAGAAAAAAGAUACUCGUCAAGGAAGAAGGAAAGAUGACGAAAGUACUCAUGAAGAUGUUGUAAUGGUAAUCUGUGGGGGAUUCGCGGCUGGAGGUCCAACAACUCGAGGCCAUAAAAACUAUCUAAGGGAACUCAGCCAGGUAAUGCUCACCAAUCAGGGAGAGGCUGAUCCCUUCCCUAAUAUAGUGGUCAGUGAGCAGGAUCGGGGAAAGAUAAGAACCCCUCAUGACGACCGGCUGGUGGCGGAAAUGAAGAUUGCUAAUCUCCGGGUGCGACGGAUCCUGAUUGAUACAGGAAGUUCCACCGACAUCAUCAGCGCGGAUUGUCUUUCAAUAUUAAGGUUUGAUGAAAAUGAAUUGGUUCCAGUAAAUCAUCCGAUCAUUGGUUUCGGUGGGGAGGUAAUUCAUCUUAUGGGGACGGUUACCCUACCCGUCAGAGUUGGAGACAAAGAAGCUGCAAGAACGCUUUUUGUGAAGUUCCUUAUAAUAUGA